AUGCAACCAACUUCGGAGGCAACAGAUCGUAUUUCAAGAUUUUUGGAUGUCAUGAUAGAGAAGUACAAGGACCGUGGAUCUGAGAUCGACAAAACGAAGACGAUACAACAGCUCGAGGAUAUGGCUAAGACCUAUGACUCGAUCCCAUAUGAGCAACGGACUCUGGCAGAUAUAUUAGCUCAAACCACUUUGGCCAAGGACAAAUACGCUCGGAAAGAAGUUGUGCUACGCCUCGGGAAUUGCACAAAACCUGCUUGGGCAUAUUCAGAGUAUGGUUUGAAAUGUGCAGUUGCAGAUAUGGACCCGGAGUUUUUUCCAUGGAUUAUGUCGAAAUCGAGGCCGAAAAUACAGAGAAGAGGAUCACCGACAUCUUCGAUACCUGGUCAUACUCCUGCGUUUCUCACAAUUGAAGCUGGAGUUAGGACAGUCCACAGCGUUGAUCAACCAAUCAUAAGAGACAUCAUUCUACAUAUCGUUCUACAGCAGUUAUCAGGAUCGAAGUUGUCAGCAAGGACAUUGUUUCGAGCCCUGAAGGUAGCGAUAUUACCAAGCGAAGCCAAUGAUGUACUAGGUCUCUUCCACAAGUUGGCAGACUCAGCCGACUUGCUCCUAGCAUCAAGCUCGAAGAGUCAGUUCUUUAUCAGAAGGUGUUCGUCAAGAGAGGAUGUGGUUGCGUGGGCGAAGAUUUCUGAACAUUCGUUAGCCAGCAAGGUAUUUUCAUCAUUGAGAGUAUACCGACUUAUGUCUGUCUGGGCCUGUCUCUGCGUAUUGAUGGAAGAAAUUACUGCUUAUUGGUCGACAGAUGUAGCCUCGAGCAAAUAA